GCCAGGAAAGUCUAGAGCUAAACGUAGUUUACCAGCUGGGCACGUAAUAUAAGAUAGAAAACUAAAAAAGAAAAAAGUGUGUGUGUGUGUUGGGAGAGAGAGAGAGCAAAGAAGAGAGAGAGAGGGAGAGGAAAAGGGGAGGAGAUACAAAAGGGAGGAACACAGUGUAGAGGAAGGGAGAGAGAUGUAGUAAGGAGGGUUUAGGAACAAGAAGGAGUUGUUGCUGGUGUUACACUUCAGUCAGACAGUCAGACAGACAGACAGACACAACUCAUUGUCUUAAAGCAACUUCUUGCACAUGUGUGUUUUAAACCAACAGGAGUGGAAGUGCAGGCGGCAGAGAAAGGGUGUUGCCUACUAGGAAAGGGUCAAACAGGCGGGCAGGCAGAAGGGAAGCCGGUGGAUGUUUUUAGGAGUUUGCUUAUCUGACACUGACAACAGGAUGAGAAGCUGAGCGAGGACUCAGAGAGGGGGAGAGAAACAUGGAGGGAGCACUCCGUUUACACAGGAGACAUAGGAGAGAUAGGGACAGGUUACCUAGAGAGAGGUGAGAAGAAAGACGAGAGAGACAUAAAGAAGUUCAAAAGUCAAAUUCAUCCAAUUUGUCCAAAGGAGCGGGAGCGAGAGCCGAGGGAUCGUAACACUGGAGCUCAAGGAUAAACCAUGGACUCUGCAUACAUCCCACUACACCUGGACGUCCACCAUGUUCCCUGCUAACCUCCUGCUCCUCAUGGUCCUGCUGCUACCUCAAGCCUCGUCUGGUCGCCAGGGUGGAGACACCAGCGAGAUCAACAAUGGCAGGGUGCCCCCCAUGCCUUCCUCCUUGCCACCCUCGCCAGCUGGUUCCUUCUUAAAGCCCAGUCUGGCUCAGACCAUUCAGAGUCUCCUCUUGAGCCGGCUUGGCCUCCAAUCGCAGCCCAACCCUCGGCCUGGAGUGCCGGUGCCCCGGUACCUCCUGGAUCUUUACCGCUUCCACCAGCAGCAGUACCAUCUAGUGGAGGACCCCUUGUUUAGCUUCCCCAGCCAGCACAUCCAGCAGGCUAACACUGUACGCAGCUUUCACCACAGUGAGCACCUUGCAGAAUUUCCCAAGGCAGAGGAUCAUAAGAGAGCGCACAUCUCCUUCAAUAUUUCCUCCAUCCCUCAGGAUGAAAGGCUGCUCUCCGCUGAGCUUCGUAUCCUCCGCAGUGACAGAGCUUCACUGGGCUCUGGAGCCCACAGACUGAAUGUAUACCUCUCUGAGCACCAUGAGAAUCCUGAGUCCACCCUGCUGGAGACAAGGUUACUCAGCACUGGCCUCAACAGUCAAAAAGCAAGUAGCUUCUGGGAGGCUUUUAGCUUAAACACAGAGCUCCUCCAAAAGGCCCUUUCUGGAAGUGGGACUGGCAGCCUUGGCUUCCUCCUGGAGAUCAGACCAGAGAACAGAACCACUUCCUUCCCUGAUCACAGCCUCUCCUCUGCUGCAGGUGAUGAGGAUGUAGAGAGACAUAAAGUGGGACACCUAAGGGUAUGCAGGUCUGUGGGUCAGGACGAGCACAGCUGGGCCCAGGAAAGACCACUCUUGGUGACUUAUAGUCAUGACGGGCAUGGAGAGCCUUUGGUAAAACAUGGCAGGAGGACACCAAGUGGUGGUCAAAGGCUGAGAGGGAGAAAAGGGAAAAAAGAGAGGGGCAGAAGCAGCAGUAAGGGUCGCAAUAAAGACCAAAUCUUGCGGAGGGCCAAAAAAACUGAGUACGCAGAGCCAGGCUGGGGGAAUGAUAAAGGAGGAAUCAGUUGGAGUGACCGUGGAAGGGUUAAAAGAAACGGUGGUCGUGCUGCCAAACUGAAACGCCUUUCCCGUAACAGAUGCCGUCGUCAUCCUCUCUAUGUAGAUUUCAAUGAUGUGGGAUGGCACAAGUGGAUCAUAGCACCAAGUGGCUACGACGCCUUCUUCUGCCUUGGAGAGUGUCGCUUUCCUUUGGCUGACCACAUGAACUCCUCUAGCCACGCAAUGGUUCAAACUCUGGUAAACUCUGUGAAUGGAGCAGUACCCCGGGCAUGCUGCGUCCCCACCUCCCUCAGCCCCAUCGCACUGCUCUACCUGGACCCUCAAGACCGAGUGGUGCUGAAGAAUUACCAGGACAUGGUGGUGGAGGGCUGCGGAUGCCGGUAGUGGGUUUCGAAGCACUCACCCCACAAAAUCUAGAUCAGGAUGGAGGAGCAUCAUGGAAAUCGGAUAGAGAAAAUAGCAGGGAAAUGCAGAUGGUGAGAAGAAGAGGCGGUAGCCAGCUCACUGCAAACAGAUAGAGACUGAUCAAGAUAUAUGUAGCAGCAAAAUAAGGAUGAGUGGGGAGGAGGAAGACCAGAGAAGGCGUAUAGUAGCUUUAUCAUCAUUGUCAGGAGCAAGAAAAGAGUCAGGCAUAGAAGGAAAAAAGUCAGACAGUCAAAUCUACCACACAGCAGUAUAAAAGAUCAGAUAAUAAGGCAACAUAUGUAAACUGCCAGGAAUUACUGUUCAAUGUUUUCCCAUAUGCUGAUGAUGCAGCUGUUUACACCAUCAACCAACAGGCUACUUGUUCUCUCAUGAGAAGCCAGCGCUUUAACAUCGAAGGUGUCUAUUCAACAUUGUGGUGUUUUCCACCCAUUACACUCUCACACGAUUGUCUGACAGGCAUAUGCACAUGUGUUUAGCUUUUUUGAUGUUGAGCUAAAAUGGUAACAUUUCUGAGUAGGCAGUUGAGAGGCUUAGAUUUGAAAUUCUGGAGCAGAAUUGUGCAACUUUCUGAAGGACUUCCUGAUGAUCAACAGUGUUUGCAAGAUGACGAUGGCACUAGCACAGUGUCCAAUCUGUGCGUCAGUGUUGUUUUUGCAGUAUUUGAACCAAGAGGUGGGGUGCAUUUGUUUUUAUAAAAGACAUACUGUCGCUUACAAGCACCCUUACAUCACAAGCUAUUUAAUACCACAACAAUAAUGCCGAUGAACUAUUAUUUUUUUUGUUUGAAUGUACUAUCAUCACCAUUAUUUAAAAAAUACUUUUUUGUACAUUUUUUUUUGCAGAUGUGAAAAAAUACAAAUGACAGUUGUGUUGUGAUUAUACAUAAUUCCACUGAAAGGCAAUUCUAACUUAAAAGACACAUUAAGUAUUUAAAAUAGCUGCAAUAUGUUGUAUUUAAUCUUAAAACUAUUUAAGAUACCUGCACUCAACGGAGCAUACAGCAAACUGAGAGCCUGCCGUCCACAUGAAGAUAAGUUAUGGUAGCUUUACAUCUGUAAAACUGUUCAGUGUAUUGAAUUAACAGUCUGUGUUACUUAAACAUUCCACCUUAUCAUUGCACACAUUUUAGUGUACAACACGUGAUAGCAGACAUGAGUGGUGUUGCCUUCAAAAGCUCAACUAACAAGCCAUUUGAAAGCUCUGUGUAUUGUAGCUACUGAAGUGUUAGUUGUGUCUGCAUGUGUCAAGAAAAAAAGGAAAACUGAAAAUAAAACUGGGACUUUAGAGCCUUUCAAACAGGGGCUUUAAAAGUGUUCUCUGCUGAGCUAUAGUAACUGUUUUUCAGUGUUGCAUUUUUCUCUCUAAAUGGAAACAUUUAAGCAACAGCUUGUAAAAUGUUUGACAAUAUACCUCUAAUAAACAAAGCAAACAGCAUAA